AAUAAAUAUAAGGCGCUUUCACUUGGCCAGUGUUCUUCAUCAUCUCUUUGGAUUUGGAGACAGAACCAAUUCACAAGCUCGCACGUAGGGACAGAUGAGUCCAAAAAGGAAAACCAAUCCCGCCGGCGCCGGUGAUCGUAAAACUGGCCGGAAAAGGCAGAAGUUGUCCCCGGAAGCUCCCGGAAAUAUCGACUACUUCGAUUGCUUGCCCGACGACAUCCUCAUCUCCGUCCUCGCUAAACUCUGCUCCGCCGCCGAUUCCCCUGCAGAUUUCUUUAACUCCUUGAUGACAUGCAAGAGGUUUUACGGGCUGGGAUUUCAUCCCGCGGUGGUUUCCGCCGCUUCCCUGAAAAUGCUGGCCGUCAGAGCUCGGAACUGGACCGAGUCGACUCACCGAUUCAUCAAGCUCUGUUCCGACGCCGGAAAUGUCGAAGCUUGCUAUAUUCUCGGCAUGAUUCGAUUUUACUGCUUCCAAAAUCGGGGAAGUGGCACCUCCCUGAUGGCCAAGGCGGCGAUGGCCUCACACGCGCCGGCGCUUUACUCGCUGGCGAUUGUGCAGUUCAACGGCAGCGGCGGAUCAAAGACGGAUAAGGACCUCCGGGCCGGCGUCGCGCUUUGCGCCCGGGCGGCUUCGGUGGGCCACAUCGACGCUCUUCGCGAGCUCGGCCAUUGUUUGCAAGACGGAUACGGCGUGAAGCGGAACGUUCUUGAAGGGCGGCGACUCCUCGUCCAGGCCAACGUCCGGGAAGUGGCCGCCCUUUACGCCGCCGUCGCAAGUUCGGGUUUUGACCGUGACUCUUGGCUGGCUUUGAACCGGCCGGCCGGCGGGACGGGCAGCUGUCCAUUACUGAGUGAUUUCGGGUGCGACGUUCCGGCGCCGGAGCCCCACCCGGCGAAUAAGUUCUUGACGGAAUGGUUUGAGCCCGCCGGCGGAGUUCCGGGUCCGGGUCUUCGGGUUUGUUGCAAUCCGGGUUGCGGACGACCAGAGUUACGACGGCACGAGUUCCGUCGGUGCUCCGUGUGUGGCUCCGUCAAUUACUGCUCUCGUGCUUGCCAGGCCGUGCAUUGGCGGUCACGGCACAAAACGGACUGUGUGCCGGCGGCCGGCGGUGAGAACCCGGCGGUCAACAUUAUUUAAUAUGGAGCCGUUAUAAAUCAUUGGUGACGAAAGAUCGACAAUGACGGUGACGGUAACGGCACAUUAGUCUUCGAGGAUGGAGCCAUUGAGGUCAAACCAAAAAAAGGAAAAAGAAACUGAAAUUUGCCUG